GGCGUAUAUUUCAGAGUAAAGGGGGAUCCAAUAAAUUUAGCUGCGUCGUAGCUCUCUUCGGCUAGUCCAUCAGUGUCCAAAAAACCACAAUCGUGCAACGCACGGAAACCAACAAAAAGUAUUUAAAAUUUCACAUUAGCGAGUUGUUUCGUUCGUUAAAAUAUACGCGCGUUUUCAUGCGCAAUUUUGACAUUUACCUGUCAACCUGGUAAACCGGUUUGUGCCCGUGCGUGCGCGCCAAAGCAGCAGCAAUAGCAGCAUACAAUCCAUUCGUGUGUAAAGCCUUGAUCUGCAAAGCACGCUGCAAGCGUAAAAUACUGCGUAAAAACAGGCCUGUUGGACGAAACAAGGCAACUCCGGUUGGAAAAAUGGCUCCACGCCGUAAACGUGCAGCCGCAGCCAAGUCCACUGAGACUGCGGCCAAGAAAGCCAAGCCAGAGGAAUCUGCCUCGACCCCGGUAGAAGAGUCCCAGGACGGGGCUUACGUCUUCAUCGAACACUGUAAAUCAUGAUCCGUGUUCAAGCGCAAGGCCGCUGAGGUCCACUCGGGACUGUGCGAACUUGCGCCGGAACACAAGUUCCAGCUUGUGUUGAACGAGGAUGGUAAACCGCGCCGCGGAGCAUUCGAGAUUUCCAUCGCCAAGGGCAAGGACGGCGAGAAGGUGCUGGUAUGGUCCGGUUUACCCAAGGGACCGCCUAGGAAGGAUAAGUUCCCGGAACCGAAGACCAUCCUGGACGAUGUGCUGAAGGGGCUGAAGAAGUAAGGCGCCCGGGAUGUGCCAUUACUGGUGGAUGGGGAGCAGUAUGGGGUACUGCGACAAUGUGCUCACACGCUUUAAUUUCUUCGAAUCGCUAUGCCGCAUGACGAAGCCUGAGCAAACCCCACGUGGGACUCGAGCCUUUGAAGCUCUGCUGGCGUUUCGGUAGAAUGGUGCAGCACACUGUCGCCGUACCACGCGUACCGCCCCGUUACAGAGUACAAAGUUGCGAAAUAAACUCAGGGUUACGUUUGUGUACACA